GCAGUGACGCAAGUAAGAUGGCGACGGCGACUUAAGUGAGUCCGUUGCUCAGGCUCUCGUAAUUGAGCUCUCGUGAGUCCGUCGUUCCCGCAGGCCGCCUCUUUCCUGGUGGGAGCUGGUCGCUGACCUGGCCUGGGGGCGGAGGGCUUCCCAGAGGCGCGGCGGCUGCCUCGCUGGCCCCGGUAAACCCUGGCCGCCCUUGGUCUUGAGUGGGGCGGGGAGAGUGCGCUGGCAGCACCCGCCCGAGGAUACCAGUUUAGGGAGACGGGCUUCUGCGGCUGCCGUUCUUCUCCCCGCCUCCCCGGUCAGAGUGCGCAGACGACACCCGAAGCUCGUUCCUUCCUCCUUUCACUGUGCCAGAGGAAAGGCCUAUUAUCGCCAGAGUUCCGUAUUCCCGGGAACUUCCGCCAGUUCUCAGAUCACGCGAGAUCACAAAGGGAGCAACAGCCUGGGGCACUCCAUGCGGCAGUGACGCAACUUUGCUCACCUACUGCCUGUCUGGUUGUUGAGUGAAAAUCCAAAGGAAGACAGUUGUCAGCUGAGCUAUUAACAAUGCAACCACAGGAGUUAAUGUCCUUCAAAGAUGUAAGUGUAGACUUCACCCAGGAAGAGUGGGCAUUGCUAGACACAUCCCAGAGACAGCUGUUCAGAGAAGUGAUGCUGGAGAAUAUCAAUCAUCUGUUCUCAGUGGGAUGUGAGGUCUGCAAAUCAAAUAUGUUUUCCCAGCUGGCCCAGGGAGAGGUAGUGUGGAGAGAAGGAAAGAAAUGUCUCCAAAACCAGAGCCCAGACAUGAAAAUUGCCUGUAAAAAGCAAGAGAUGAUGUUAAUGCAACUUAUCUACAGGAAUGAACAUUCUGAGGAUGUGUCAUUGAUAUCUCACACUCAGAAGAAUACCUUUCAGUGUAAUUAUUUGCAAGAGGAUUCCACCUGCAGAUCCAAAGUGACCCAACAUGCAUUAAUUCCCGUAAGAAAGAAACUAUAUUUAAGAAAACCACUUGGAAAAUUCCUCAGUGACCAGUCAUCUUUUAAUAAACAUGAGCAGAUUCACACUAGAAUUAAAUCCUAUGAAUGCCAUCAAGAUGCUAAAGCCUUUAUUAAAAGCACUGGCCACAAACAAUACAGUAGAACUCAAGCUGGAGAUAAACCAUACAAAUGUUUUCUAUGUGGGAAAGCAGUCAUUGGAUUUAUUGAUUUUAGACAACACAAAACAACAAACACUGGAAAGAAACCAAAUGAAUGUAACCUAUCUGGAAAAGCCUUCAGUCAAUCUUCUAAUCUUCAACAAAAUGAGAGAACUCACUCUGGAGACAAACCCUAUGAAUGCAAUGCAUGUGGGAAAGCUUUCAUUUAUUUUUCUACCCUUAGAGUACAUGAGAGAACGCACACUGGAGAGAAACCCUAUGAAUGCCAUCUAUGUGGUAAAACCUUCAGCCAAUAUUCUCAUGUUAGACGACAUGAGAGAACACACACUGGAGAGAAACCUUAUAAAUGCCAUAUUUGUGGGAAAGCAUUCAGCCACUCUUAUUAUUUUAGACAUCAUGAGAGAACACACACUGGAGAGGAAUGCCCUGAAUGUCAUCUAUGUGGGAAAACUUUCAGUCAUUUUUCUUCUCUUAGGCAACAUGAGAGAAUACACACGGGAGAAAAACCAUAUAAAUGCCAUAUAUGUGGGAAAGCAUUCAGUGGUGGUUCUACCCUCAAACAACAUGAAACAACUCACACUGGAGAGACACCAUAUAAAUGCCAUAUAUGUGGGAAAGCAUUCAGUGGUUGUUUUUGGCUCAAACGACAUGAGAGAAUUCACACUGGAGAGAAACCCUAUGAAUGCCUUACCUGUGGGAAAGCCUUCAUUGAUGUCUAUGCCCUCAGACGGCAUGAGAGAACUCACACUGUAGAGAAACCCUAUGAAUGUCACUCAUGUGGGAAAGCCUUCAAUGAUUGUUCUACCCUCAAACGACAUGAGACAACUCACACUGGAGAGAAACCCUAUGAAUGUCUUACAUGUGGGAAAUCCUUCCUUGACAUCUAUGCCCUGAGACAACAUGAGAGAACUCACACUGGAGAGAAACCCUAUGAAUGUAAUCUAUGUGGGAAAGCCUUCACUCAUCCUUCUAAUCUUCAACAUCAUGGGAGAACUCACACUGGAGAGAAACCCUAUAAAUGUAAUCUGUGUGGGAAAGCCUUCACUCGAUCUUUUAGUCUUCAACAACAUGAGAGAACUCACACUGGAGAGAAACCCUAUGAAUGUCAUACAUGUGGGAAAGCCUUCAAUGUUUGUUCUGCCCUCAAACGACAUGAGAGAGCACACACUGGAGAGAAACCCUAUGAAUGCUAUACAUGCGGGAAAGCCUUCAUUGAUUUUUCUACCCUCAGGCGACAUAAGAGAACACACUAGAGUAUCCCAGUGAAUGCCAUACAUGUGAUAAAGCCUUAAUUCAAUAUUCUUAUUUUAAACUAUAUGAGAGGACACACACUGGAGAGAAACCCUAUGAAUGCCAUAAGUGCAUAAAUUAAUAUGAAGAGUAUGGAUCCAAAAUUAAGAGGCAGUUAUUAAAAACAUACACAAUUGGCAUUAUUGUCAAAUUAAUAGAUUUUUUAAAUUUUAUCACAAUUUUUGAGCACUCUAGGUUUCACUUAGUUAAACAGUUCCAGUCUUUAUCUUUCCUCUUUCCUUCUGGUGAAAUUUCUAAAACACUUAAGAGUUACAGUACCAUGCUAUCAGUUUUUCCUUAUUGAGAAAUGUAACAUAUUUACAAAAAGCUACUAGAUUUCAAUUUACAAUUAAGCAGCUAUGGAGCAAAUUUCAAAGAAUGCUAUGGGUUACAGCUCCAUCAUGUCUGUUCUUUCCUUCUAGCUAUUUUAAUACCCUAGCAACUAAGAAAAAGAAAAUUAUAUACAGAUUCAAUAUUCAUAUUCCUUUGUUAAAUUCCAUCUUAUAUGUUGCUACCCCUUCGUCUCCUUUAAUCACUUUCAGGGGUGAAGAUCAUGAUCUUCUGGAUGUCUAGGCAGUGACUAACCUAACUUGUCCAUAUUGAAAAGGGGUGUCAACAUUAUGGGAAAAGGGGACACAUCUGGUUGAUGUUCUUGAAGAGGCUAGUGCCUCUGAGUUUUGGGACUUAGCUGGCAUAGGAGGUCUCUGAAGGAUUGAAGUUUCUCAACAAUAAAAUUAAUGAGUGAAACUUUUUUAUAGAGUCUCACCUAGAAACAUAUUCUUUGGAAUUUUCAGGACUAUGGUUGACUUGCAUUUAUCAUCCUGUGGCCUUGGCAUAUCUAGCUGAAGCCUGCACAGGAGUAACCUCCAGGAAAGCCUCUUGACUCUAUUUGAAAUCUCUUAGUCACUGAAGCCUUAUUUUGUUCUUUCUUUUCCACCCUCUGGUCAAAAAGGCAUUCAGUUCCCCUCAAUGCCAUGGUCAGGCUCAUUCCUGGAAUCCAUGUCCCACAUCACCUGGGAGACUCAUUCUCCUAGGGGGUCCUGUCCAACAUUGGGGGUGGGUGAUGAAUUUAUUUGCAGAGUUGGACAUAGAGAAAGUCCUUAUCUGAGCAACAAAAGAGAUUCUCUGGAGGUGACUCCUAGGUAUAAUUAUAGUUGGAAUUAGCUUCCCCUUUAGAACCAUAAGUAGGGGAUCCUAAGUUCAUAUAGCAUAUGUUCUGUACAUGGAAAUUCAUCAAUAUCUCACAUUGUCAUCUCUUAGUUGUACAAUUCUCAUCACUCUACAUUUUCAACAAUUCCCAUGACCCAAACACCCCAUAGCUCUUUAAAGCCCUCAAUUAUUUGUCUCUAGUAUUUGUGUGGUAGUACUAAGGUAUUACUAUUUAUACUCCCUGGUAUGCAAUAGGUAGAUUUUCUCCAUAUACCAUUCUGUUCUCAACUCUCUUCCAGUAUCAUACCUUAGAAGUGUAUCAUGCAAGCACCUGUCUAUAUUUGUUGUGCUGAUCUGUGGGAUAUAUACCUUUAAACAGCCUCUUUCAAAUCAUAUUCACCUUUAAUGCAGCUCUGAUACUUAUACUCCCAUUAACAUUCAUCAACCCUAUCCAAUUUCAACAUUGAAUUCACCCUUAUUAACAUAUCUGAGCAUAUUAGAUUAUAAUUCCCCUUAACUAGCAUUUAUCACUAAGUCUUCCCAUAUUCUCCAUUCUUAAAUGUUGAUUUUACAUUGUUCAGGUUGUUCAUAGUCAAGGUAUCAGAAUAUCUCUCCUUUGGUGUUUGUCUUAUUUCACUCAUUUUAUCUUCAAUGUUUUGUCUUCCAAGUUUCAACCAUGUUGCCUUAUGUUUCAGGGCACUGUUUCUUCUUACUACUGCAUAGUAUUCCAUCAUAUGUAUAUACCACAUUUUGCUUAUCCACUGAUCUGUUGAAGGACACUUGGAUUGUUUCCAUCUUUUGGUAAUUGUUGCUUGACUUUGGGGUAAAGUCUAAGAGGCUACCUCCUAAUACCAGGUCUUGAAGAUGUUUCCCUGUAUUUUAAGAGUUUUAUUGUACUGUCUCUUUUGAGUUCUUGGUCCACUUUCUUAUAGGGUCUGAGACAGGGGUCCUCUUACAUUCCUGGUGUAUGGACAUCUAGUUCUCCCAGCCCAUUUUUUGAACAGAAUGUUCUGUCCCAACUCAGAGGAUUUGGAAGCCUUAUCAAAAAACAGUUGACUGUACAUCUGAGGGAUUAUUCUGAACUCUGAUUUCAUUGAUCAGUAUGUUUAUCUUUGUGCCAAUACCAUACUGUUUUGACCAGUGUGGCUUUAUAGUAGGCUUCAAAGUCUGGAAGUGUAAGUGCUCCUACUUUGUUCUUCUUUCUUAGGAUGUUUUUGGAAACUCGA